AUGAGGAAGCAGUUUCCUAAGGAAUAUCGCUUCUUCCCGGACACCUGGAUCCUGCCUACGGACAUGUCCGACUUCAAGCAGCAGUUUAACACUGUCAAGAAGCAGACCUUCAUCAUCAAGCCUGACAAUGGCUGCCAGGGAAAGGGCAUCUUCCUGAUCCGUGAUGUCGAGAAGGUUCCGGUGGAUUUCUCCUCCACUCACGUGGCACAGAGGUACAUCAACAAGCCGCUCCUCCUGGACGGUUACAAGUUUGAUGUCCGGCUCUAUGUCCUGGUCAGCGGCUGCGAUCCCCUGCGGAUUUUCUUGCACAGGAGAGGUCUUGUGCGACUAGCAUCCGAGCAGUACGUGGAGCCCACCAAAGGCAAUCUGUCUGAGGUGAUGAUGCACUUGACAAACUAUGCCAUCAACAAGAGCAAUCCCAACUUCGAGGAGAACACCGACCCCGACGACGCUCAGGAUGGCCACAAGCGGAGCUGGGAGGCGGUGCAGGAGCACUUGCGGCAGGAGGGCCACGACGUGGACACCUUGGUCCUGGAGAUCGAGGACUUGAUUGUCAAGACCCUCAUUGCCGUCCAGCCUAGCCUCUCCCACUUCUACCACAGUUGCCAGCCUGAAGAACUGCACAAUGGCAUGUGCUUUGAGAUCUUGGGCUUCGACGUGAUGUUGGACCAGAAGUUGCAGCCGUGGCUUUUAGAGGUCAACCACGCGCCCUCUUUCGCCACAGAGUCCGAGCUUGACCGCAUCGUCAAAGAGGAGGUGCUGCGGGAUAGCUUCAGCCUCUUGGACCUGAACCCGGACGUGCGGCGCCAGAAGAAGCGGGAGGCCCGCGAGAGGAUGGAGCAGCGAGCUAUGGGCAUUGCCAAGAAGCACUGCAUUGAAGACCGUAUCGCUCAGGAGCGCGAGGUGGCACUCUUCCGGACGGAAUGGGAAGACAGCCACCUGGCGGCUACCAUGAGUGGGUACAAGCGGCUUUAUCCAUCACCUGAGAAGGAGAAGGAGUACUGGCAGGUGCACGAUGCGGCCAUCAACAUUUGGGAAAUGCUGAUGGGUGGCACCUUUCGACGGGCGGUCCGCUUGUGCGACCCCUUGGACCGGCCGCCCAUCGAGGAUCGGGCGGAGAGCAAGGCCCGCGCACACUCGGCCAAGCCAGGGCCUGAGGAGCCCAAGGAGACGGUGCCCAAGCGCACCGCCGAGGAGAUACGCGAGGUGGUCGAGCGCUUGGCCCAAGGCUGCAGCGCUCGGCGCCGCGCCCGGCGCCGCAAGGAGGAUGAGAAAGAGGAGCCAGCUGCAGGCUUUCAGGGCAUGGAGGAGGCUCCUCCAGCAGCGGAGAAGAGGACUCAGGCCAAUCGGUACAUUGACGUGCAGGUGGGCGAUGUCAUCCGGGUCCAAACCAACCUCGGCUGGGAGACCGUGACCGUGAGGGCCAAGCGGCAGGGCACUGGAAAGAUCGACAUCCAGUUCAAGGAUGGCGAGUACAUGCGCUCGGUGAUGCCGCGGAUCCUGCGGACCUCCGAAGGCCUCGCGGUCAAGGAGACGGCGCCGGAGGCAGAGAAGGAGAAGGCGUCCCCUCUGCCGCCGGCGCGGCAGGUGCGUUACAAUCCCCAAGCCGGAGCACCGGCGCCGGUGCCGACCUCCGCCAGUGGGGCGGUGCCCCAGAAGUUGGCCGGGUACAAGGGAGGCGCUGCAAAUGCCGGUGCCGGGACGGCCGCGGCCGGCGCCCGCGGAUUUCCCUUGGCUGACGAUUCACCCAGGGAAAUGCCCCAGGGCGCCCACGACGCACUGGCGGGCGUCUUGCUGGAGGGCUGCGGCGUGGAACGGGAGUCCCGGGAGGUUCGAGAGCCUCGAGAGAAGGAGGUCAAAGAGCGAGAUCGAGACCCCCGCGAGUCUCCCGUCUACUCAGGCGAAACGCCCGCGUUGCCGGGGGCCGUGCCAAGCCAAAGCAUGAGCGCGCAAGGUAGGGUGCGGAACCCGACGACCUCCUCGCGGGCGCCAGCCGCGCGCCUGAAGCAGCAGCUUCAGCAGCUCAUCAGCCAGCGCCCGAUCAUUGCUCCCAAGGUGGGCCGAAGUGGCUCGGUGCCGCGGAACGGGAACUCUGAGCCGUCACAAGGGCAUGGCCUGAGCGGCCUGGUGGGCUCCGCCCUCCAAGUGCGCUCUGACUCCAAGGCUGCCAGGAGGCGAUCCUCUGAUUCCUAG